AUGAAGCAGGUGAACCACGUAGAGAGUGAGCGGGAGAUUCUAUCGCUUAUCAACCACCCAUUCAUGGUUCGUAUGUUUGGCACUGAUCAGGACCGGGACCACCUGUAUAUCAUCAUGGAGUUUGUCUCAGGUGGUGAGUUUUUUUCUUUCCUACGACGCAACAAGCGUCUUGAUAACGCUGUCGCCAAGUUUUACGCCGCACACAUUGUCUUAAUACUCGAAUACCUCCAUCAUCGACGUAUUGUUUACAGAGAUCUCAAACCUGAAAACCUUCUCAUGAAUCAAAACGGCUACCUUAAACUUACCGACUUCGGCUUCGCAAAAUAUCUUGCUACCCGUACCUACACACUAUGCGGUACACCCGAGUAUAUUGCACCUGAGAUCCUCCUCAACAAGGGACAUGGAUUCUCCGUCGACUGGUGGGCACUCGGCGUCUUCAUCUACGAAAUGAUCGUCGGCUACCCUCCCUUCUGCGACGAAGACGCGCUCGGAAUUUACCAAAAGAUCCUCUCAGGACGCAUGCUAUUCCCCAGAUUAUUUCCCAGGGAUGCUAAAUCGCUGGUGAAGCACCUGCUCUGUCACGACUUGGUGGGUCGAAUGGGUCAUGUCCGAGACGGAAUUUCGGACGUGCGAGACCAUCGCUGGUUUCGGGGUUUCGACUUCAAGGCCUUGCUCGAAUCCAGCUUGAAGGCGCCGUUCAUUCCGCCCGAAACCGUGGGUGGUGCGAAAAAUUUCGGGACCUACACUGAAGACGUCGAGGUCAUCCCCAUGCAAGGCUAUGACCCUUUCGACAGCUGGUGA